GGACAUUGAACAUACAGAUCACUGAAAGCAGAACAACCACAAAGACAGAGAGAGAGAAUCAAAGAAGAAGAAACAUGGUGAAGGUGAUGUGGGGUUCCAUUUUAGCUCUCGCUGCAGCGCUUCUCCUGGUGACGGUGGAAAACAUUCCGAUGGCAGAGGGAGUGACGUGCUCGCCGACGGAACUGACUUCAUGUUCGUCGGCGUUUAUGUCUGCUUCCCCGCCGUCGGCAACGUGCUGCGCCAAGCUGAGAGAGCAGAAGCCAUGCCUUUGUGGGUAUCUGAGGAACCCUGCCCUUCGCCAAUACGUUAACUCUCCAAACGCCAAAAAAGUCGCCAGCAGUUGCAAUGUUGCAACCCCAAACUGUUAAUCAUGAUUAUUUAGUGACAAGUUUCGCUGAUCAUGAGUGUUUAAUUACUAGUUAAAAUGGGUCAGGUCCUCGACACUACUGUUUAGAAUAAUAGUGUGUGGUGAUUAUGAUGAUCAUCAUCAUGCUUUAAUGUUAUGUCAUGUUAUGCUACGUAUAUUAUGUUAUGUAUGUUUCUAUCUUUUGAAACAUUUUCCAAAUAUGUUUACUC